AGAAGAUCCCAUGAUUUUGGGAGAAAAGGGGAAGAUGACACAUUCAUCGCUGCUCCUACUGUUUUUCGUGGCCGCCGUGGCCGCAUCCAGCUUCGACGACUCCAACCCCAUCCGGCUGGUAUCCGACGAGCUCCACGGAAUCGAGUCACAGGUCCGGCACGUGAUCGGCGAGAGCGCCCAUGCAGUGUCGUUCGCCCGCUUCGCCCGGCGCUUCGGGAAGAGCUACCGGACGACGGAGGAGAUGAAGCGAAGGUUCCAGAUCUUCUCUGAUAAUCUGAAACUCAUCAGAUCCACCAACAGGAAGCGACUUUCGUACACUCUCGGUGUUAAUCACUUUGCUGAUUGGAGUUGGGGGGAGUUCAAAACACAGAGACUUGGCGCUGCUCAAAAUUGCUCUGCCACCCUCAAAGGCAGCCACAAGAUCACCCAAGCUCCUCUUCCUGAAUCAAAAGACUGGAGAGAAGAAGGUAUAGUCAGUCCAGUAAAAAAUCAAGGCCAGUGCGGAUCUUGCUGGACAUUCAGCACAACUGGAGCAUUGGAGGCUGCCUAUGCGCAAGUAUAUGGAAAGAAUAUCUCUCUUUCUGAGCAGCAGCUGGUGGAUUGUGCUGGUAAUUUCAACAACUUUGGCUGCAAUGGUGGGUUACCGUCCCAAGCCUUUGAGUAUAUUAAAUACAACGGUGGCCUUGAGACUGAGGAGGCAUACCCCUAUACUGCUAAAGAUGGUGUUUGCAAAUUUACAGCUGCAAAUGUUGCCGUUCAGGUCACUGAGUCUUUCAACAUCACCCUGGGUGCUGAGGAUGAAUUGAAACACGCAGUUGCUUUUGUUCGGCCAGUUAGUGUGGCAUUUGAGGUGGUUGACAGCUUCCAAUUGUACGCGGGAGGAGUUUACACCAGUAAAACUUGUGGCAGCAAGCCAAUGGAUGUGAAUCAUGCUGUUCUUGCCAUUGGGUAUGGAGUUGAAGGUGGUGUCCCGUAUUGGCUCAUAAAAAAUUCGUGGGGAGAAGAAUGGGGUGACAAAGGCUACUUCAAGAUGGAAAUGGGCAAGAAUAUGUGUGGUGUUGCAACUUGUGCGUCGUAUCCUUGUGUGGCAUAAUUUGUAUGCGGAUACAUGUGGUGGCUGUUAGGCAGCGCUUGUGAUUUCUGCCACCUACUUCAAAGGUGAAAUGCAUAGGCACUAGUUUAUGUUGAUUUGUAAAAUAACUUUGUAGUUGGAACUUGGUUCGUCGUUUCUUAUUGAUGUUGUAAACCACAUUAUAAAAAAUUAAAAGCAGUAGUGUCUGGGAGUAGAAGAUUACUU